AUGGAUCUAAGCUUUUUCAUUGGUGCAGGAGCAUUAAUCACAGUCUUGCCUCUGUUUCUUUAUUUCUUCUACACAAACUCCACCAAUCAUAACGCGAGUGGAAUCCACGCGCCACCAAAAGCCGGCGGAGCGUGGCCCUUCACGGGCCACCUCCAUGUCAUGAGCAGUGGCAAUCUUCCGCACAUUGCCUUAGGGGCCAUGGCGGAUAAGUAUGGUCCGGUCUUCCAAAUCGGGCUCGGGGUCCGCCAAGCCCUAGUGGUGAGUGACGGAAAACUGGCUAAGGAAUUGUUCACCACGUGCGAUUUGGCGGUCUCGUCCCGUCCUAAAAUGGCCUCUUCUAGAAAUUUGGGUUACGAAAUGGCCAUGUUCGGGUUCGCCCCGUACGGGCAAUAUUGGCGGGAAGUGCGGAAAGUGGUCUCUACGGAGCUGCUUUCGGCACGUAGACUUGAGUUACAAAAACAUGUGUUGGUGUCAGAGACUGAUUUGUCUGUAAACGAACUUUUUGGUGUUUGGAGUCAAAAGGCUGACGUGUCGGGACGCGUAUUGGUGGAGAUGAAACAGUGGUUUGGGGAUUUGAAUCUGAAUGCGGUGUUGAGGAUGGUGGUCGGGAAGAGAUGCUUUGGAUCCGGCAAUGGGGACAUUGACGAGGCGAGGCGGUGCCAACGUGUGAUGAGGGAUUUCUUCGACUUGGCCGGGGUGUUUGUGGCGGGAGACGCCAUGCCCUAUCUUAGGUGGUUGGAUGUAGGUGGAUAUGAGAAGAAAAUGAGGGAAACUUCAAAGGAGUUGGAUUCGUUAGUUGGACAAUGGUUGGAGGAACAUAGAGAAAGUGGAAUUUCAGACAAGGGUGAAGAUUUUAUGGACGUGAUGCUUUGUGUUGUACGAGGUACCAAGCUUCAAAAUCAACAUGACUCGGACAUCAUAAUCAAAUCCACUUGUUCGAAUUUGAUAUCAGGUGCUAGUGACACAACUUCAAUCAUGUUAGUGUGGGCACUAGCCUUGCUACUCAACAACAACUAUGCCUUAAGAAAAGUCCAGCAAGAACUUGAUGACCAAGUAGGGAGAGACAAAAGAGUGAACGAUUCAGAUAUUGACAAACUAUUAUACCUUCAAGCCGUUGUUAAAGAGACUCUAAGGUUGUACCCGGCAGCACCCUUGAGUGGUCCCCGAGAAUUCACGCAGGACUGUGUUUUAGGGACUUAUAACGUCCCUAAAGGCACAAUUUUAUUCGUCAACAUAUGGAAGUUGCAUCGAGACCCCAAAGUAUGGUCUGAGGACCCCUUGGAGUUCAGACCGGAGAGAUUUCUAACGACUCAUAGACAAGUUGAUGUUAAAAGUCCGAAUUUCGAUUACAUCCCGUUUGGAGGCGGCCGGAGAAUAUGCCCCGGGAUAAAUUAUGGUAUGCGGAUGUUGCACUUGGUGCUAGCUAGUUUACUACAAGCAUUUGACAUUUCAACUCCGAAUGGUGAAGUGGUAGACAUGAGUGAGAGUGGUGGGUUGACAAAUGGCAAAGCCACCCCACUAGAUGUUCUUGUUUCCCCAAGGCUAUGCCCUAGUCUUUAUUAGUUAA